AUGUUACGGCGGCUCAUGCCAUAUGUAUUCGCAGGUUUAACAGGUGUUAUUUCGGGCGUCUACAUAUUCAAACCUCUUUUCGAAGAAGCCGCUGCGAAUCAAAAGCCGAUUCCCAUGAACACAUCAACAGCAUCACCUCCCGAGGCGCCAGGGAAACCCCCUGCUCCUUCCCCGUCGCCGCAUCCUUCGGCAAAGUGA